GAUGCCACUGUUGAUGGCGGCCUUCAGGGGGUCGGUGUAGACGGUGACUCUUCCCUCUAGAGUGACGUCGAACGGAGCGUAGACGAUGGAUCCGUCACUGCAGACGAUGUCCAGACCUUGGUGCUGCCGGGUUCCCCUGAAACACACAACACGAGCCGUGAUGGAGUCUUGUUUCGCCGGGAAGCCGGACAGAGUCGGACCGGUGAUGGUGGACGACAUCCGCAGAGACCUGCAGGGUGACUUCGAUGCGUUCCCAGCACAGGACGUGGUUCCAUCAGAGAACCUGCAGGUUUACCUGAGGGUUCGACCGUUCACUUUGACGGAGAGCGACGGCGGAGAGUCACAGGAGUGUGUGACCAUCGAGGGGUCGGACACCGUGGUCCUGAAGGCUCCCAGGAGCUGUCAAUCAAACAGACAGAGCGAGAAGUCCCUCCCACAGACGGCCCAGAGGUUCACCUUCACACAGGUGUUCGGUCCAGAGGCCAAUCAGAGGAGGGUGUUCGAGGGUUCUGUCCGUGGUUCGGUCCGAGACGUUCUGGAGGGAGGAAACUGUCUGUUGUUCACGUAUGGAGUCACCAACGCCGGGAAGACCUUCACGUUCCUCGGUCCGGACCACGACUCCGGGCUGCUGCCCCGCUCUCUGUCUGUCAUCUUCAGCAGCAUCGAGGGGCGACUGUACGCUCGCUGUGACCUCAAGCCUCAACGCUGCAGAGACGUCAGCAGACUGACCCCAGACCAGCAGGCGGCAGAGAGCAGCAGCAAGAGGAUCCUGCUGAGGCUGCUCCGAGAGAACGACAAAGGUCUGACGUCUGGACGAUCAACGUUUCUUGAAGGCUCGUCUGUCAGCACUGACAACAGUAUGAACAGCGUCGCUGACGCUGACAGUUUCAGUCUGGACGUCGAGUCAAACGUCCGUUUCUCUGUCUGGGUUUCAUUCUGUGAGAUUUACAACGACAACAUCCACGACCUGCUGGAGCAGGUUCCUGGAGGUCACCACAGGAGGACGGUGCUGCGACUGUCCCAGGACGUCAAAGGAAACUCCUUCGUCAAAGACCUGCGGUGGGUCCAGGUGAACAGCUCUGAUGAAGCCUACAGAGUGAUGAAGAUCGGGAGGAAGAACCAGAGUUUCUGCUCCACCAGACUGAACCAGGCGUCGAGCCGGAGUCACAGCAUCUUCUCCAUCAGGAUCCUCAGAGUGGACGACGUCGGAGUUCCCAGAGUUCUCGGCAUCAGCGAGUUGUCCCUGUGCGACCUCGCCGGCUCAGAGCGUUGCUCUCGAACGCACAACACUGGAGAGAGACUGAAGGAGGCAGGAAACAUCAACAGCUCUCUGCUGACGCUCGGGAAGUGCAUCAACGCCAUGAGGCUCAACCAGCACGCCAAGUUCCAGCACCAUGUUCCCUUCAGAGAGUCCAAACUGACCCACUUCCUGCAGUUCUUCUUCUGUGGUGCCGGACGUGUCUCCAUGGUCGUCAACAUCAACCAGAACGCUUCCUGUUUCGACGAGACGCUCAACGUCCUCAAGUUCUCUGCCCUCGCCCAGAAGGUUGUGGUGGUGAACUCCAGGCCCAUCGCCCCCGACGACGCCCCCCACAGGUCGGCCAUGGAGCUGUCGAUGAUCAUCGACGAGGCCGACCUCCGCAGAGACGCGUCGGGUCGGGGCAGGAGGAGCUCGCUGGUCGCCUGGGAGACGAGCCUGGAGGACGUGUUGGAGGAUGGUGAGGAAGACGAGGAGGAGGAGAGUGUGAUGGAGGGAACCGUGCUGGAGGCAGGAAGUGAGGAAGAUGAGGGAGAGGAAGAGGACAGGACUAUGGAGGAAGAAGAGAAGUCGGACAGGGGGGCGGCGCUGCGUCUGGUGCUCGAGGCUCAGAUCAGAGAAGAGGUCAGCUCUGAGUUCAUGGAGCUUUUUAACAAGAUGGAGAAAGACUACAGUGAUCGUCUGGAGAAAGAGAGGGAGAUCCUGGAGGAGCGAGCAGAGAAGAGAGUAGAGAUCCUGAAGAACCUCGUCAGUAAGACGGUCGAUCUGUCCGUCGUCAAUGGCAACAGUAGCAAGGAGGACCAGGCUGCUCAGUUGGAGGGAAUCAUCAGCUCAAUGACUGAAGAUCUGGAGAAGAUCAGAGAGGACGCUCAGAGUGUUCACCACUGUCUGACUUUACAUACACACACUGCAGAGCUGGAGGCGCUGCGAUUGGAGAAGCAGCGGUCACAUGAGCAGCUGCAGGAAGCUAACGAGGGUCUGGAACGGCAGAGGCAGAAGCUGUCGGAGCUGAUUGACACGUGUCAGCAGAAAGACAACGUCAUCAAUAGACUGCAGGCGGACGUGGAGGACGCCACCCAAGACAAAGCUCUGGUGGAAUCGAUCAGGUCGGAGCUGCAUCAGGUUCAGGAGAACUGCCGCUGUCUGAUGCGACGAGAGGAGGAAGAGGAGGAGAAGAGCAGGAAACGCCAGCGUAACAAUCUGGAUGACGAGGACAGAGGAGGACAGGCCAAGAAAAGAGUGGUUCUGGAGGAGGAGAUCUGGAGGCUUCAGGAGGAGAACGAGAAGAAGGAGGAGACCAUCCUCCAGCUGAGGAGGGGGCUGGAGGAAGGUCUGAGGAGACAGGAAGAGGGGCUGAGGAGAAGGGAGGAGGAGUUGAGGGUACAUGAGGAGGAGUUGAGGGUACAUGAGGAGGAGUUGAGGAGACAGGAGGAGGGGUUGAUGAGACAGGAGGAGGAGCUGAGGAUACAGGGGGAGGAGUUGAGGGUACAUGAGGAGGAGUUGAGGGUACAUGAGGAGGAGUUGAGGAGACAGGAGGAGGAGCUGAGGAUACAGGGGGAAGGGCUGAGGAGACAGGAAGAGGAGUUGAUUGUACAGGGGGAGGAGUUGAGGAGACGAGAGGAGGGGCUGAGGAGACGAGAGGAGGAGGUGGAGGAGUUGAAGAAGGAGCAGGUUUUGCUGCAGCAGAAGGUUCAGGAGUUGACAGGCUUGGACGAGUGUCAUCACUGCGUCUCCGUGUCCUCGUCUCUGGAGUCGGAGCAGAAGGAAACGUCCCGACUGACGAAGGAGAACAAAGCUCUGAUCAACGGAAUGUUCCAGCUGCAGACGGAGGUCACUGGUCUCCAGAAGCAGCUCAAAGAGAAGACUGAUAGAUGCGACAGCCUAUCAGAGCAGCUCACCGUCGCAGAGACACGCUUCCAGCACCUGCAGAGCCAGUCAGAGGAGAAGAGCAGAAGCGUCGUCAGUCUGACAGAAGCGCUGGAGGAACUGAGAAGCAGAGUCCAGGAGGAGGAGGGGCGGGGCAGCAGUGUUUUCCACGCUGCCAUGGAGACGCUGAAGACGGAGAGUCGUGCAGCGCUUCAGAGAUCAGCUGACAAAUCACAACAGAUCCAGGAUCUGCAGAUGGAAAAGAGUCGACUGGAGGAAAAGCUGAGGCACAGUGAGAACAGGUGUGCGGUGAUCACAGAGGAGUCGGCCAAUCAGAAAGCAGAAUUCCACCGACUGAGGGCGGAGCUAGUGUCAGAGGGUGGAGCUCUUCGAUCGAGACUGGAGGAGAUGGAGGAGAGAAGAGAGGACGAGAGAGAGACACGAGAGUGGCAGCAGCAGCAGCAGCAGAAGGAGAACACGGUGUCAGUGGUGGAGGAGCUGAAGGAGGAGAUGCAGAGGCUCCAGGAGAGGAGGGGCAGGAUGGGGCAGUAUGAGGAGGUGAAGAGAGAGAUGGAGAGACUACAGAGACUAAAGGAGGAGAGAGAGAAACACACACAGGACGUUCAUGUCUCUCCUCUGAGAUCCAACAUGGCCGACAGGAAGAAACUCCCCAAAACUACCGGGAGGAAGAGGAAGAGCUGCGAGGUGGAGGAGCUGGUGAUCAGUGAGAACAAGAGAAACAAAGUGAGAGCAAACACUCGGGUUCAUGAGCAGACGUCUUCGGUGGUGAAAGUCAAAAGAGAUGCGACUCUGCAGAAGAUUGAAGACUUGAUCCACAGAUCACCUUUAAUCCUGGGCAGCAAAGCUAAAACCUUCAUCGGCCUCGUCAGUGGUCACUCGGUGGAGAGGGAGGCAAUUACCACAGCAACCAGACCCCGGCGAGGACGGAGGAAGCUUUAUAAGACGGACGCUUCGACGCCGCUGUUCGACUCCCCGAUCACGACGUCCGGAGGAGCCGAGGAGGAGAAGGAGAGCGAUCACCUCAUCAUCAGGAGACAGCUGCGCUCCAAGACCUGCCGGAAGUGACCUCAUCGUCCCGUGACCUCACAACGUGUUUUUAAAUAACUGUACAGCUCAGCGAUCAGAGUUCUUUUAGUUUGUGAUUUUAGGAGCUUGUUGCUGUCGGGAUCAAUAAAGCGAUUAGACAACGAUGUAAAAAAAUAAAAUGGAUUCUCUGCUUCACUUUACUGCUACAGUGGUUGAGUAGGUUAAAACUCACUGAAACACUGUGAUAUGAAUAUAUACUGUAUAUUUUUCAUAUACUGUUAAUUGUUCAAUUGUCCCUGUUGACUACAUUUAAAUCGUUGAGAAAUAAUAAAGCAGCAGAGUUUAUAUCACAAAUUUCUGAUCAAUGUAUAUUAAUUUAUACAUUAAAAUCCACAGAGGAAAUAUCCAGAUCAAUAACAUAAGAGACUGAGGAUGUGAAACAGACUGGUCCUUUAAUCAAUGAGACUUUUUUUUUUCUGAUAAUGUUCUAAUGUAGAACAGUAGCUUCAACGAGCAGCGUGACUGUUAUUGUGACAGUCACAGGAAGACACGGACCUGAUCAAUACCUGAAGACGUCUUGUUCCUCCGAACUCCACUGGAAACAUAAAUCAUCAAGUGUUCAAACAACAGAAUCAACAAUAAGUGAACUAGAGAGGGAUCAAUAACGGAGGUUAAUAUCUGAGAUUAAUAACAGAUCAAUGACAUUACAUAUGUAACUUUGCUUCUGUGAAUAAUUACAAUUGUUAAUAAACAUAAUUCAGUUUUCA